UCGCCGACCAAUCAGUGAACUCGGCACAUCCUUUUCCGUCUCAAGCCACACACUAAACACAGGCGCUGUAUGCUCAUCCCAGGACAACAAAACAGAACCCAGACAGAAAAUAAAGCAAAUUGCUGCAGUGCACCAUGGCUCAGGACGGGGUGAUACUGCAAUUCAACUUUCCCACAUUCGGGGACUCCAUGCUCCAAAAGAUGGAUGCUCUUCGUCGAGACCGACGUUUCUGUGACGUUGUGGUCCGCAUCAAUGACUCGGAGGUGCCUGGACACAAAGUGGUCUUUGCCGCUGGCUCCCCUUUCCUUAGAGACCAGUUUGUCCUUCAGGACUCGCGUGAAGUACAGAUAUCUACACAGCAGGAUGCAGAGGUUGGACGGAAGCUUCUUCUGUCCUGCUACACCGGGACACUGGAGUUUCCCGAGCUGGAAUUAGUACACUACUUAACAGUGGCUAGUUUCCUCCAGAUGGGCCACAUCGUAGAGCAGUGCACCGAAGCUCUAAAUAAAUUCAUAAAACCACACGAGGUCAAAGAUGAGCGUGCAUCCUCCCGACAGCCGUCGGACUUCUCCGCACAGCGCGGACGACGACGAGGAUGACGAUGUGAUCAUGCAGCCCAAGUCUCCGCCACGUUUAGAAACUCUCAGAGCAACAGCAGAGGAGAGGAAAGUCCCAUUAGCAUCGUUAAGGUAGAGUCGAUAGAUGAGCGAAUGCCCGAUAACUUCCAGAGUCGCUCAAGUCGCUCGCCAACGCUACGCUCGCCAGAGCCCCAGCACUCCAUGAUAAACUCCACCGUGGAAACCCGACCUGCGGAAAUCGCCAUCAACCCCACAGCGGAGUACUCGCUGUCCCCGCCUGGACCCAGCGGCUCUGGGAAAGGCAAUCUUUGGGGAUGCUCAAGGAAUGCCGAUAAGGGUAUGCAGUGGUACCACCAGUGCCCUAAAUGUGCUCGUGUGUUCCGUCAGCUGGAAAACUACGCCAACCAUCUGAAGAUGCACAAGCUCUUUAUGUGCCUCCUGUGCGGAAAAACAUUUACCCAGAAAGGCAACCUGCACAGGCACAUGCGUGUCCACGCCGGCAUCAAACCCUUCCAGUGUAAGAUAUGCGGGAAGACUUUUACCCAGAAGUGCUCGCUGCUGGACCACCUGAACCUUCACAGCGGGGACAAACCACACCGUUGCAAUUACUGCGACAUGGUGUUCGCACAUAAACCAGUUCUCCGUAAACACCUGAAGCAGAUCCAUGGAAAAAACAGUUUUGAUAAUGCCAACGAAGGCAAUUUGCUUGAAGGGCUAUAAAUUUAUUUUAACGUCUAUAUAAAUUAUAUUAAUAUACAUGACGUAGACACAAUUUGUGUUGGAGACGCAAUUUUGUAUAAAAGUGGUUCUUAGCCGGGAGGUCAGGAUCCACCGGGGGCCCCAGUGAAGGUCUGUUCACUACAAGGACGAUGAUUAUAAUGAUUCUAUAUGUAGUCCACACCUCAGAAUCGCUUUAAGACAGCCAAUCAGAGUGCAUUCAGUUUUAAAGAGUGUAAGCAUUUAAAGCAGUCUACGACAGAAAUGCAGCAACUGCAAACAACAUUAAUGUACUAGAUCAAAGAAAAAAACAGCUGUCCUAAAAGCUAAAAACAAAAUGCGUUCUUUGCUUAGGACAACUUUGUAGAACUUUUUCGAUCCACUUCAAAUGUUGACUACUGUAGGUACGGUUUUAGUUAUCGGUCUCGCUGCGAAUGGGCUUUAGGUAUUAAAAUAAUUUACAUGUAGUUGCAUUAAGAUACAUCUGAAAUUCUACAAAACACAAAAAAACAGUUUAGAACAUGAAACUAACUCAUUAUUGAGUUUAUUUAUUUUUAAAGAAAGAAGUACC